UCAUUCAGAAGACAUAAGCUUAGAAGGUGCAAAACUGAAUUUCUUUGAUUUUUCCAGACGUCAUUGCUGAAAAAACAUACCAUUACAAGCAAUUUGAAGGACAUUGGCUCUUCAGGGUGCUUCUGUGGCAAAGAUUCAGGAAGGCAGAGACAGCCCACGUGGAUCCCUUAUGCCCUGUUCAGGAGGCUGAGAUGGGCCCCCGGGGGGGCAGUGUGCACUCUCCCUUUGCUGCACUCAGAAGUCAACUGAUGGGACCAGAGUGGGAACUCGCAGGGAAGACAGCAUGAUUCCUGAUAUGGGCAAAGUGCUGGAUCACCAUACCUGUUUCAUAACCUCCCCUGGCCGUAAACCUGAGCACCGAUGCUUGACCUAUUUUCCUCAACUCCCAAGAGACUUUGCACGUACUGUUUUCACCAGGAGUGUUUUCUGCACAGCUGUAUGCAAGGCUUGCUCAUUUAAAAUUUGCUGUUGGGGUUCUGCGUGUUUUUCUGAGUCCCUGGAAGCCGGUCUUUCAAGUUUAGUAGGCAUGGGUCGCUCCAGGAAGUUGCCCUCUGGUGUCUCCGCUAAGUUGAAAUGCUGGAAGGAAGGCCAAAGCAGCGACAGCAACCCUGCCAUCUGCCGCCACCGCCAGGCCACCUGCAGCCACUUUUUCAGCCCGCCCUCAGGUGGAAAGAGCGACCUGACAGUUGAUGCUGUAAAGUUGCAUAAUGAGUUGCAGUCAGGAUCCCUGCACCUGGGCAGAAGCGAAGCCCCUGAGACAGCCAUGGAAGAAGAGGCGGCAGCUCUCACCGAGAAGUCCUCCGCCACCUUCCUGAGCUGCCCCUCCGACUGCACUCAUGUCACCUUCCGCAAAGUGCAGCGCUUCUGGGCGUCCAACUCUGCUGCCCACAAGGAGAUCUGUGCUGUUCUGGCUGCUGUCACUGAGAUGAUUCGCUCCCAGGGAGGAAAGGAGACGGAGACUGAGAGCUUUGCAGCACUGAUGAUGACGAUGGAAGUGGUGGAAUCUCCGGAGUCUCUGGCUGCGGUUGCUUACCUGCUGAACCUUGUCCUGAAGCGAGUGUCCAGCCCUGUGCUCAUUAAGUUCUCCGAUACUUCCAAAGCCUUCAUGGAAAUCAUGUCAGCCCAGGCAAGCAGUGGCUUCACCUCUGCCCUCCGGUGGGUCCUCUCGUGCCUGGACACCCUUUUGCAGAAGCUAGACCUGGAUGCCUGGGGCUACCCUGUGACCUUGCAGGUGUACCAUGGGCUGCUGAGCUUCACUGUGCACUCCAAACCCAAGAUCCGGAAGGCUGCCCAGCACGGAGUGUGCUCAGUCCUAAAGGACAGUGAAUUCACGUUUGGUGAGAAGGCCCCUGCCCAUCACCCUGCUGCCAUUUCCACCGCCAAAUUCUGCAUCCAGGAGAUAGAGAAGUCUGGAGGCUCCAAGGAGGCCACCACCGUGCUGCACAUGCUGACACUGCUGAAGGACCUGCUGCCCUGUUUCCCGGAAGGCAUGGGGAAAAGCUGCAGUGAGACUCUCCUCAGGGUCAUGACCUUGAGCCAUGUGCUGGUGACAGCCUGUGCCAUGCAGGCCUGUCAUAGCUUCUUCCAUGCCAAGCGAGGCCCGGGUACCCUGCCUGCGGAGCUCAAUGCUCAGAUCAUCACGGGCUUGUAUGACUAUUUUCCCAGUGAGAAUGACUUACAACCCCUGCUGGACUGGCUUAAGGUCAUGGAAAAAGCCCACAUCAACCUGGUCAGGCUACAGCGGGACCUGGGGCUGGGCCAUGUCCCUCGCUUUUUUGGAACUGCGAUGACCUGCCUCCUCUCCCCCCACUCACAGGUGGUGACAGCUGCUACCCAGAGUCUCCAGGAGAAUCUGAAGAAGUGUGUCGCUCCUCACAUGGCCGACAUUGGCUCCGUGACCUCCUCAGCCUCAGGCCUUGGCCAGUAUGUUGCCAAGAUGUUCAGGGUAGUGGAAGAGGGUCACUACAAAGUCCAUGUGGCUUGGAGCUCCGUGUUGCAGCUGCUGUGUGUCUUCGUCGAGGCAUGUGGGAGGCAGGCCCAUCCUGUGAUGAAAAAGUGCCUCCAGUCCCUGUGUGACCUGCGCCCCUGCCCCCACUUCCCCCACACAGCAGCUCCGGACCGGGCAGUGGGGGCUGCGGUGGCCAGCAUGGGACUUGAGGUGGUUUUACAGGCUGUGCCUCCGGAAAUUGACGGCUCUGAAGAGACUCUGGAUUUCCCACGGAGCUGGCUGCUGCCCGUCAUCCGGGACCAUGUGCGGGAAACACGACUUGGUUUCUUCACCGCCUACUUCUUGUUCCUGGCUACCACCCUGAAGAGCGAAGCAAUGGACCUGGCCCAGGUGGGCAGCACAGUGGAGUCCAAAAUCUAUGACACGCCAUGGCGGAUCUGGACCCUCCUGCCUGGGUCCUGCACGAGGCCGACAGACGUGGCCACCUCCUUCAAAGGGUUGGCAUGGAUGCUGGGCACAGCCAUCAGUGAGUGCCCAGACCUGAGGGUCACUGUGUGCCAGGCCCUGUGCACCCUCAUUACCAAGGGCUGUGAAGCAGAGGCUGCUGAAGUGAGCUGCUUUGCCAAGAACUUCCUGCCCAUCCUUUUCAACCUGUAUGGGCAGCCUGUUGCAGCGGGGGACACCCCAGCCCCUCACCGGGCUGUGUUGGAAACCAUGAAAACUUACCUCACCAUUACUGAGCCUCAGUUGGUGAAUGGUUUCCUGGAAAAAGCGAGUGAGAAGGGGCUCAACCCUGCUAGCUCCGACUUCACCAGAUUAUCUGUCCCGGACCUGGUUGUGGCCUUGGCUCCCCAUGCUGACGAAGCUGCCAUCAGCAAGCUGUACUCCACCAUUCGGCCCUACCUAGAGAGCAAGGCCCAUGGGGUACAGAAGAAGGCCGACUGCAUGCUGCAGGAGGUAUGUACCAGUCCCCAGGGCCCCGGGGCCUGCUUCGUUCAGAGCCACCUGAACGAUCUCAAGAAGACCCUGCUGGACUCACUGCAGACCACCUCCUCACCUGCCAAGAUGCCCCGUUUGAAGUGCCUCAUCCAUAUUGUGAAGAAGCUCACAGCCGAGCAUGAGAAGUUCAUCACUGCCCUCGUUCCGGAGGUGAUCCUGUGUACCAAGGAGGUGUCGGUGGGUACUCGGAAGAAUGCCUUCACCCUGCUGGUGGAGAUGGGCCAUGCUUUCCUUCGGUUUGGCCCGAGCCAGGAAGAGGCCCUGCAGCGCUCCCUCGUCCUGAUUUACCCCGACCUUGUGGGCACUGUCACCGUGGUCAGCGGCAGCAUCCUGGCCCUGGCCCACCUCCUUUUCGAGGUCAAAGGUCUGAUGGGGAUCAGCACAGUAGAGCAGCUGCUGGAAAACACGUGCCUGCUCCUGACCUCCCACAUGCGGGAUGUGGCCACAUCAGUGCUGGGCUUCAUCAAGGUGGCAGUGGUUGUCAUGGACUUGGCACUCCUGGCCAACCAUGUGCAGGUGCAGCUGGUGAUGGAAGCCAUCGGGAAGCUUUCAGAAAAUGUGCAGCGGCACUUCCUUAUGAAGCUUCAGAACCUGUUCACCAAGUUCCUCCGCAUGUUUGGGUUUGGCCUGGUGAAGAGGCUGCUGCCUGAGGGGUACCACAAAGUCCUGGUCCACAUCCGGAAAGCCAAGGCCCGCGCCAAGAGGCACCGUCGUCUGAAUCAGGCUGCCGAGGAAGAGGAGGAGGAGGAGCCUGCCCAGGGUAAAGGUGACAGCAUCGAGAAGAUUUUGGCAGACUUGGAGGACGAGGACAAUGAGGAGGAAGAAAGGAGCCGUGGCACGGAGCAGCAGAGGCUGACUCAGCAGAGGAGCCGGGCAUGGCUGAAGGAGGGUGGUGGGGAUGAGCCUCUCAACUUUCUGGAUCCCAAGGUGGCCCAGUGAGUGUUAGAUCAGCCUGGGCCUGGCCGCGGCAAGAAGAAGGACCAUAGCUUCAAAGUGAGUGCCGAUGGCCGGCUGAUCAUCCGGGAGGAGGAGGAGGAUGCUGCCACCACCAAGAUGGAGGAAGAGGAAGGCAUUAAAAGGGAGGAUGAAGAGAUGGCUGACCUGAUGGAAGACUUGGGCAUCAGGGGCAAAAACCCCCAGAAGCUCAAACGUCAGAAAGAGCCUGACGAUGAGGAGCUGGAGAUGCCCCUGUACCAGGCUGGAGGCUCUGGCAUCCAUCAUCUUGUGGCCAAGAAGGCUACACCUGGGGCCAAACACAAGGCCAAGAAAGCAAAGGGUGAUGUGGAGAAGGAAGGUCAGCUUGACCCCUCUGCCUACAUCCCCCUGAACAGAGCCAAGCUCAACCGCAGGAAGAAGAUGGAGCUGCAGGGACAGUUCAAAGGCCUGGUGAAAGCUGCUCAGCGGGGGUCACGGGUGGGACACAAGCUCCACAGAAAGGAUCAGAGCCCCAAGGCGCCCAGGCCUGCUCCGUAGCCCAGCCUGAGGCUCCUUGUCAGCCCCCGAGCUGCCUUGACACCAGCUCAAUUCUUCAGUCUGUGGUAGAGCCUGGACUCAGACGGACUUGUUGGAACCAGGGCGUGACUCCCACAGGUGCCCAGGAUUUUGGAAGUUCCAAACAGGAAUCACCUUUUAGAGACAUCCCUGAGGCCUGGAGUUGGGAAUGUGGCCUCAGUGCCAGUGAGACAGCUGUGUUUUCCGCCCAAAGUGGCCGUGUGCCACAGACUAGAUGGUCUUCCAUUUCCUCCAGCUGCUUACAGCCACGUGGCAUUCUCAGCAUGGCUGCCGUCUGGGUCUGUGAGAUGUGCUGUGACCAGACAUAGAAUAAACAUGCACUACCAUGUGUUGUUCUUAGAAAAUAAAUAAAUAAAUAAAUAAAUAAAUAAAUAAAUACAUAAAAGUAAAAUAAAAUUUGCUGUUACCUCUUCAAGCCUGCCCCGACCAGCCAAUCUGAAGUAUUCUAUCUCAUUGCUCUCUCUUUUAUUAUCAUAUUAAUUUCUAUAAUAAAGCUUCUGAUUCUAUAUAUUUCUUUACUUGAUUGCCUCUCUUUUCAACUAGAAUUUAAGCUC